GAAACUGCCGAGUCAUGGGAAACUGACCAACUUGGAUUAAAAAUGCUUCCUGCUAAGAGCCGCGCCCUGGCUUUGCCUAGCUGAUCUAGAAGGAAACUUUGCUCCCCAGCAGGAGAAAGUUCAGUGUCCAGAUUAAGCAGCUUUAUAGACCCCGUGUGACCAUUUCGGUCACCCAUCAAGGGUGUGAAGGAGGCUGGAUCAGCUUGUCAAAACAACAGGCGGAAGCAUCUCAGCCGGGACACUAGUGGGUGUUUAACAGUUGCUGUGCCUCACCCCAGAGGUGGCUGCAUUUCAGUGCUGGGUGAUCAUCCAGUCUGCGAUACACUAUGUCCAAAGAACAGACUAAAGCGCUCACACCGGAAAAAGAGGGACGUCCAGAACUGGGCCAAGUGGAGGGGAUUCUGCUCUCCCAGGCCACCUGUAAUGAAUGGCAGCGGAUCCAGGGUUUCCAAGCCAGGCCUGACGAUCUGCUCAUCUGCACCUACCCCAAAGCAGGCACAACCUGGAUCCAGGAGAUAGUAGACAUGGUCCAGCAGGACGGGGACUUGGAGAAGUGCAAGCGUGCCCCCGUCCACAGCCGGCACCCCUUCAUCGAGUGGGCUCGUCCGCCCCAACCCUCAGGUGUGGAACAAGCCGAAGACAUGCCCCCGCCACGGACCCUGAAAACCCACCUCCCCACCAAACUCUUGCCUCCAUCUUUCUGGGAACAGCAGUGUAAGUUCCUGUACGUGGCUCGUAAUGCCAAGGACUGCAUGGUCUCCUACUACCAUUUCCAGAGAAUGAGCAAGGUGGUGCCUGACCCAGGCCCCUGGCACGAGUAUUUUGAGAGGUUCAUGGCGGGCAAAGUGGGCUGGGGUCCGUGGCAUGAGCAUGUGAAGGGCUGGUGGAAGGCGAAGGACAAGCACCACGUGCUCUUCCUCUUCUACGAGGACAUGAAGAAGGACCCAAAGCGUGAGAUCCAGAAAGUGGCCCGGUUUCUGGGGAAGAACCUGGACCAGGAGCUUCUGGAGAAGAUCGUCUAUCACACGUCAUUUGACGUCAUGAAGGACAAUCCCAUGGCUAACCGCUCCGGCGUCCCCCUGUCCAUCAUGGACCAGUCCAUCUCCCCGUUCAUGCGUAAAGGGUCUGUCGGGGACUGGAAGAACCACUUCACCGUGGCGCAGAAUGAGCGCUUUGAUGAGGACUAUGAGGAGAAGAUGACUGGGACCAAUCUGACCUUCUGCAUGGAGCUCUGAGGACCCUGCCUCUGAGCCUGGCAGGAUCCACCCAGCCUGCUGCAGCCACCCCUGCAGGCCCCUGCAUCUCUACCAGUCUCUUCCAAGGUGAUGGACUUUCUGUCACGGACCAUUCCCAGGCUCAGCCAAGCCCCAGGGCUUUUCUGUGGGGCAGCGAUGAGGGUUCUUCCAUUGUAUAACCCUGCCCUCUCUGUCCCAUUUUCACCUCUUCUUCCCUUCCCAUUCCCACCUACUGCUCCUUCCCUCCUCCUCACCCACCAUGGCCCAUCUUUACAACUGGCUGGAAAAUGGGAGCUAUUUCCUCCCAUCACAAAUGCCAAUUUUUUUUGGCAAAAACCUGAAUCCACACAAUUUUAAUUUCGAAAUGCUGCCUCAUGGGAGUUGUGGUUUGGGUACCUCAUGCUCCCAUUCUCCUAUAUGGGUCACACUUCCUGGCUGGACUACAUCUCCCAUGAGAGACCACAGUCCUCCCCUCUUCUUGACUGCAUCAUGGGAAUUCUGGGCCAUGGUGCAUCAUGGGAUGUGUAGUCUGGUUAGGUAGCCUGGGAGUCCAGAUUCCUAGGCUCUAUCCAUAGGUCUGGAAGGGGAGUGGGGUCUAGUGGGUUAGUGCAGUGGUGGGCUGGGAGUCAGGAUGCCUGGGUUCUAUCCUCAGCUCUUCCACCAACUCCAGAAUUCUUUUUGAUGAUCAGGUGUUGAGAUUAAUUUGUUGAUUUGAGUUUGAUUUGGCAAUUGUCAUUAACGCUGGUCCCCGCCCCUCCCCCCCCAAAAUCUUGACUGAAGACUUUUCCAUCAAUGGUGUAUGGAUCCAAAUUGAAAGGUUUUGUUAUCAGCUAAACUUUUGACAGAAAAAAAUCUCAACACAAUUCUGAAUCAAAAUGGAGUAUUUUGUUUUGACUUGCUUGUUUUGAAUCAACUUAUAUUGUGAAAGAUUAAUUGUUGUGCUAACUUGAUCAUUUAUCACUGAGUUAUCAAAACAUUCUGAUCAGGUGGUGGGCAGGCUUCUGAAUCAAAAAUUUUCUUUUGAAAUUUCCUUUCCAUGAAAGCUGCAACUGCUCAUCUGGAUUGGCAACAAAAUUCAGUAAUAAUAAUUUAACUUUGGUCGGGUGGGGGGGCGGUUUGAAGUGGCUUUAAUAAAAUUCAUAAAAAGGUACCGAGACAUGCCCCUUCCAGUAAGCAAUCUGGGUCUGGGUGAAUAUCCUUGAAGGUCAGGGUGAAUAUCAGCUGAUCAACCUAAAAACCUGACCUUCUCCUCUAAGUUAGUCUCUGUGUCUUACAUAAGACAAGUAACGGACAAUGAAUGGACUGCAAAGCUUAGCAUAUGGGUGACAAUAAGUGAUCUGAGUACACGUGAUUUAUUUUUUGCUAUCAAGUGUGAAAUUAAUAAAAUAUGAA